CGGGUCCCCAGCGGAAGUGGCGGGGGCGGUGCCAUGGCAAAAGAACUCCUCCGGGAGAAUCCCAAUGCGAGGUCCUCAGGAUUGGCUCAGAGUUGUGCUGCGAUGCCACCCAUAUUCUGCCUCCGAAGCUUGAGGCUGGCUGUGGGCACCCUAUGCUGUUUGAGGCGUGAAACUCACCUGAGGAAAUGCAUCUGAUCCAUUAUUAGCAUGGAUUUAUAUUAUUUGGGGAUGGAGAAUCUUCAGCUGCCUUAAGUUUCUGUUACCGUCAGUUUCUGAGAUGGCUUCUUUGCAAAGGAAAGGGCUGCAGGCAAGGAUUCUCAGCUCUGAAGAAGAGGAGAAACUGAAAAGAGACCAAACUUUGGUGUCUGAUUUUAAACAGCAAAAAUUGGAACAAGAGGCUCAGAAAAACUGGGAUCUUUUUUACAAAAGAAAUAGCACUAAUUUCUUCAAAGAUAGACACUGGACCACCAGAGAGUUUAAGGAGCUAAGAUCAUGUAGAGAGUUUGAAGAUCAAAAGUUAACAAUGCUUGAAGCUGGCUGUGGGGUUGGAAACUGUUUAUUCCCACUUUUAGAAGAAGAUCCGAAUAUCUUUGCCUAUGCCUGUGAUUUUUCUCCAAGAGCAGUUGAAUAUGUUAAGCAAAAUCCUUUAUAUGACACAGAAAGAUGCAAGGUAUUCCAGUGUGAUCUGACGAAAGAUGAUCUUCUGGAUCAUGUACCAACAGAAUCUGUGGAUGUUGUUAUGUUGAUAUUUGUGCUCUCAGCUAUUCAUCCUGAUAAGAUGCACCUUGUCUUACAAAACAUUUACAAGGUAUUAAAACCAGGAAAAAGUGUCUUGUUUCGUGACUACGGGCUGUAUGAUCAUGCCAUGCUUAGGUUUAAAGCCGGCAGCAAACUUGGAGAAAACUUUUAUGUUAGACAAGAUGGGACCAGAUCAUAUUUUUUUACUGAUGCAUUCCUGGCCCAGCUCUUUAUGGACACAGGUUAUGAAGAAGUGGUAAACGAGUAUGUGUUUCGAGAGACGGUGAAUAAAAAAGAAGGCCUGUGUGUGCCGAGAGUUUUCCUUCAGAGCAAAUUUCAAAAGCCUCCUAAGAACCCAUCUCCUGUGAUCCUGGGCCUGGAUCGUAAGUCCUGACCUUUCAUGAGGAUGGCAUUCAUACCUCCCCUUGAAGAGGAAAUUUAAAAUUACUGUUUUGGCCGGGCACGGUGGCUCAUGCCUGUAAUCCCAGCACUUUGGGAGGCCGAGGUGGGGGGAUCACCUGAGGCCAGGAGUUCGAGACCAACCUAGCCAACAUGUUGAAACCCCAUCUGUACUAAAAAUACAAAAAAAUUAGCCGGGCACGGUGGCGGGUGUGUGUAAUCCCAGCUACUUGGGAGGCUGAGGCAGGAGAGUCGCUUGAAGCUGAGAGGCGGAGGUUGCAUUGAGCCGAGAUCAUGCCACUGCACUCAGCCUGGGCAACAGAGUGAGACCCUGUUUCAUAAAUAAAUAAAUAAAUAAAUAAAAUUACUCUUUUUACUUUAUAUAUUUUUUGAGACAGGAUCUUGUGGUGUUCAGGCUGGAGUGCAAUGGUGUGAUUGCAGCUCAUUGUAGCCUUGACCUCCCUGGGCUCUAGUAAUCCUCCUGUCUCAGGCUCCUGAGUAGUUAGGACUACAGGUGUCGGCCACCAUGCCUGGCCCUUAAUUUUUUUUAAUGAGUAGGUGUGGUAGUCCACCUUUAUCCAUGGUUUCACGUAACACAGUUUCAAUUACCUGUUUUCAACAGCAGUCAGUUACUUAGAUAUUUUGAGGUAAGUUAUAGGCUCAUGACUAUAACCCCAGCAUUUUGGGAGGCUGAGGCCAGGAGAACGCCCAGGCGUUCAAGACCAGUGUGGGCAACAUGGUGAAACCCUGUCUCUAUAGAAAAUACAAAAAUUAGCCAGACAUGGUGGCAUGUGGCUGUAGUCCCAGCUGGGGUGGGAGGAUGGCUUGAGCCUGGAAGGUGGAGGUUGCAGUAAGUCGAGAUCAUGCUAUUGCACUGCAGCCUGGGCAACAAAGCGAGAAUGUGUCUCAAAAAAAAAAAAAGAUAUUUUGAAGGAGAUAUCACAUUCACAUAGCUUUAUUACAGUAUAUUGUUAAAAUUGUUCUUUUGUUAGGAUUUGGUGCCAUCUGUGAUUUCAGGCCACCACUGGGGGUUUUGAAACAUAUCUCCCACAGAUAAGGGGGAACUACUAUGUACUUUUUGUAUUAAAGAAUAGGAAGUGUAUGUGUGUGUGUUAAGGACCUGUAAAUAAAACUUCAAGGCCUGAAAAGUAAUGAAAGUUUUAUAGAAUGACAUAAUUUAGCCAUGUCGUUCACUGUAAAAUUCCACAAAGAAAAGCCUAAGGAGUCCGUAGUACGUAGAGAUCCGUGUCAUUACUCAUGUGACUCUGUGAGUGUUCCCCUCCUCCAGGCAGCAUGUCAAACGGACAGUGUGGAGAAAAAUGAGGCCAAGUAGACUAAAAUAAGAUACUCAUACAUAUUUUUAGCCUAAAGGAUUGUUCUCUCUUCUUUUUCCAGUGUCAUAUUUGCCCAUUGGUCUCUACUUUAGUUCAUUUAUAUAUUUCUCAAAACCAGUUUUCCACAAAUACCACUUUUGCUCUGUCUGUGCUCAAGAACUCUCCAUGGCUCCCUGCCUGAUUGUUGAGACCCCCUAUCAUUGGGCCAGUUCCUUGCCACACUGUUUGCCCUGGGAGAGAGAGGGGAUGGCUACCACCUGUCCUCCCCUCUGCUCCAUUUGUCCAGUGCUGCUUCUCUAAGAUGGCUGGUGUCUAGUUUAGAGUUAGAAUUUCAGAGUUGAGAGGGGCGUUAGAAUGGACUGUUCCAGCUCCCUCUUGGUAAAUGAGGAAGCAGUAGCAAAAGGUAAAUGAUGAGCCCAAAGCCGUGUAGCUAGUGUUGUGGAAUAUGGGAAAAUCCCUAAGUUGGUCUACUGACCUGCUUCCCAAUCAUUGCCUUAUAAUGACUUUUCCUCUGUGAAGUAAAAUCCAAGUUCUUUUGUCCUGCUCACAAGAGUUAAGCCUGUAAACCUUUCUGUUUGCCUUUCUGUAGAAAGCUGUUUGUGAGAACACCGUCUUGAGUACGUAACUGGACUGUGUGCAGCAGGCCUGGGCCCUUCAACUCCAACCACGUCUGGAGGAUGGGUUCCAGAUUGAAGGGUUUGAUAAUAGUCAUAGUUACUGUACAAUCAGAAUAAAUCCCCCUGGCUCCUGAAGAGAAGAGGGACAGGCAGCAGGGCUCAGACUGUGCUUGCUGGGCUUUGUGAUUCUGCCAUCAGUCCUCAACUUCUUGGAAGGCGCUGAUAGAACUUAUAAAGAAAGAGGACCUAAAGGGGUCCUCACUGGCCUUCUCACAGUGAGAGUCCAGCCCUGCCCAAAAGCAGCCUCAAGGUCCCUGCUUUCAGUCCAGUGCUCUCUCCCAAAGCCCCAUCCACCAAGUGAACCCCACUUCAGCUUCAGCUCCAGAUGCUAUCCCCUCCACAGUAGUCCUUUCACUUGUGUCUCUGCUAAGUCUGGUCAAUGUUUCUUGGAUUUUAGUGGCUAGCUGGAUAAAGACAGGCCAUUUAAAGUAGAAAAGUGGGAGCUUGGGUGAUGUAGCAAGACCCCAUCUCUAUGGAAAAAAAAAAAAAAAAAAAAAAAAAAAAGAAAAUUAGCCAGGUGUAGUGGUGUACUCCUGUAGUCCCAGCUACUCAGGAGACUGAGGUUAAAGGAUUGCAUGAGCUUAGGAGUUAGAGGCUGCAGCAAUGGAGUGAGCCAUUAUCACUCCACUGUAUUACAGCCUGGGUGCAGAGCGAGACCCUGUCUCCAAUUAAAAAAAAAAAAG